AUGUUAACUUUUGGAAUAACAUAUUUCAGUAGAAAGAAUAGACGAUUAAGCUUAAUAGAGGUUGUAGUUUUGAAUUAGCAGAUAAAUAAGUUUUUGAUGAAUGGGUUUAGGAUAGCAAAGCAAAUAGAAUUCCUUCUUUCUGCAGUAAAUUUUAAGUUGAAGCUAAUUAUUUAGGAAUAAAACAUAAAUUAAAUUUUGAGACAGGUAUGA